GUCCACCUACUGUAUAUGCUUUUUACUUCUGAAAUAAAUCAGGUAAAGCUUCGAUAUAGAGCAUUUCGCAGUGUUUUACUGAAAAGUAUUUUGCAUAUUUUUAUUGAGUCUGUUGUGUUUUCCGCCACAGGUUCAGAAGCUGAAGACGUAGAGAUCCUGUCUCAGGUGGGGCUGAACGGCGUCCCAUGUGACGCACCUGUGGCUGAUCUCAUUGCAGCUAAAUACAUCUGUCAGAGACCCGCCAGCCACGGAGCCAUUCGGGAGUUUGCCGAGUACAUUCUGACACUGGAGAAAAAGAGCACGUCACAGGACUGUGGAGCUGACUGUGCCAAGUUUCAAAAGAGCGAGAUCGAACAUAGAUUCACCAAGCAGGCUCUGGAGCGUCCCUAUACGUCCCCUCACGCCUGGGGCCCGACCUACGGGGCACAUAAGCACCAUCUGGAGUUCAGUCACCAGCAGUACAGAGAGCUGCAACAGUACGCCAGUGAAGUUGGCAUUUUCUUUACUGCAUCAGGGAUGGACGAGAUGGCUGUAGAAUUUCUUCAUGAAAUCAAUGUGCCGUUUUUCAAAGUUGCCUCAGCUGACACCAACAAUAUCCCUUACCUGGAGAAAACCGCCAAAAAAGGUCGUCCCAUGGUGAUUUCUGGUGGAAUGCAGUCUAUGGAGACCAUGCGCUGUGUUUAUCAAACCGUCAAGAAGCACAAUCCCAAUUUCACGCUCCUGCAGUGCACCAGCGCUUAUCCACUGCCACUAGAGCACGUCAACCUCAGCCUGAUCCCUGAGUUCCAGAAGGAGUUUCCGGACAUUCCCAUAGGCUACUCUGGACAUGAGACGGGCAUCCAUGUGUCUGUGGCUGCUGUGGCACUUGGGGCAAAGGUCCUGGAGCGUCAUGUGACCCUGGAUAAGAGCUGGAAAGGCAGUGACCAUUCAGCAUCACUGGAGCCGGCGGAGCUGGCGGAGCUGGUGAAAGCCAUCAGGACGGUUGAGAUGGCAAUGGGCUCGCCAAUCAAACAGAUGCUGCCCUGUGAGGCUUCCUGUCACAGCAAGUUGGGGAAGUCAGUGGUGGCCCGGAAACCAUUGCAGAAGGGUCAGACAUUAACUCUCGACAUGCUGACAGUAAAAGUGGCCGAACCGCACGGCAUGAGACCAGAGAACAUCUUCAAACUGGUUGGCAAGAAAAUCACUGUGGACCUGGAGAAAGAUGCCACCAUUACUGAUGCCAUAAUACAAGACUGAUGAUCAGACACUCCAAAAUAUAGGGCAAUGAAGGGGUCAUAUACUUUUAUAAAAUCAAAAAUAUAAUGUCUUGAAUUAAUUUUGCAUAUGCCUAAUGUCUUGAUAUCAAUGUUGUAACUCGCAGACUAUAAUUUUCUUUUAAAUUGUGGUGAAUGAACACUUUGUCCAUUAAAAUAUCUUUCUCUCAAUUAAUUUCAAAUCAACUCUGGGUCUUUGUUCAUAUUGGUCUCUCUAUUAGACCAAGCUGUGUUCCCCAACAGCAAGAUGUUUUGGCUUAGAAUCAAUUCAAACCACAGAGAACAAUGAAAUGUGGAAUUAUUAUUUAAUGUGUAAAUGCAAGUUUAUUGUGUAUUACAGCAAUGGCAACACUUCACUAAGACACAAAUGUUACUUUAGAUUGUUUUAAACACAAUAAAUAUUGUCAAAGUUUGA